AUGGGAGGCAACCAGACAUGGAUCACCCAGGUCACUCUGCUGGGCUUCCAGGUGGAGCCGACACUCGAGUGUUUCCUCUUUGGACUUUUCUCUGUCUUCUACGCCUUCACCUUGCUGGGGAAUGGGGUCAUCCUUGGGAUUAUCUGCCUGGACUCCAGACUGCACACCCCCAUGUAUUUCUUCCUCUCUCAUCUGGCUGUACUUGACCUGUCCUAUGCUUCCAACAACGUCCCAAAGAUGCUGGCAAACCUUGUGAACCAGAAAAAAGGCAUCUCCUUUGUUCCAUGUCUCAUGCAGACAUUCCUCUACUUGGCUUUUGCUGCUACAGAGUGCCUGAUUUUGGUGGCAAUGUCUUAUGAUCGGUAUGUGGCCAUCUGUCACCCCCUACAUUAUGCUGCCAUCAUGAGCUGGAGAGUGUGCACCAACCUGGCUGCUGCUUCCUGGGUGUUUAGCUUCCUCUUGUCCCUGGUCCAUUUAGUCCUCCUCCUGAGGCUGCCCUUCUGUGGGCCUCACAAGAUCAAUCACUUCUUCUGUGAGAUCCUGUCUGUCCUCAAGCUGGCCUGUGCUGACACCAGGCUCAACCAAGUCGUCAUCUUUGCAGCCUGUGUGUUCAUCUUGGUGGGGCCCCUGUGCUGGGUGCUGGCGUCCUACACGCGCAUCCUGCUGGCCAUCCUGAGGAUCCAGUCAGGGGAGGGCCGCAGGAAGGCCUUCUCCACCUGCUCCUCCCACCUCUGCGUGGUGGGGCUCUUCUUUGGCAGUGCCAUCGUCAUGUACAUGGCCCCCCAGUCCCGCCACCCUGAGGAGCAGCAGAAGGUCCUCUCCCUGUUCUACAGCCUUUUCAACCCCAUGCUGAACCCCCUGAUCUACAGCCUGAGGAACGCAGAGGUCAAGGGGGCCCUGGGUAGGGCACUGAGGAAGGAGAGGCUGAGCUGA